UGGUCAAGUCGUGACUUCACUCAUCUAUCUAACUGAAAUACAGUUUCGAUUCGAACCCCUUUGUUACCAUUUUCAUUCAAUUUGCUUCAGAAACCAUAAUUCGAUCUCGCAAUCGCCAACGACGAUGGAGGAAGAUGACAAACAAUCGCACGAGGGGGAGAAAGAACCAAUUCACAGAGAGGAUGCCGAAAACGCGGAAUCGCCGCCGAAGAACGCCGGCGGAUGGGGAUGGGGGUUUUCCGGCUUCUCCGUGCUCUCCGAUCUUCAGAAAGCUGCCCAAGAUAUAUCUCGCAAUGCUGCAGCAGUGGCGGAGAAAGCAGCGAAAAGCAUUGCGGAUAUGCAGGAAGGCGAUGAAGACUCGGAAUCUUCUGCCAAGGAAGAAGAGAAGGCUGGUGAUACAGAGCAGGAUAGUGAUGAUGAGAGUCACAAGUUAAAGAAGUUAGCUCUAGCUAAGUUGGAGGAUGCAAGUGAAGAGUCACUUCUUAGCCAGGGUUUGAAGGUUUUUGAUGAUUCAGUUGAAAGUUUUGCUUCUGGAGCUUGGCUGGCACUAGGAAAUGCAUUAAAAGGGGGCACAAGUUUGGUGCAAAAACUUGAAAACAGUGUCCAGCAAGGUUCUUCGCCUAGGGAAGCUGGAUCUGAUGCACCGUCUCUAUUGGAGACGGGGAAAGCAUUAACUGCCAAAGGAAUGCAAGUUCUUGAGUUUGUGGGCAAGGAGACUAUGGAUUUGUUGAUUACAGAGACUGGUCUUGGAGUUGACAAGAACGGGGAAGGCUUUACGGAUCAAACUAUUGAGGAAGUGACAUUUGAUCGAUGCUUUUACAUUUAUGGUGGCCCUGAGCAGCUUGAGGAAUUGGAAGCAUUGUCAAGCCACUAUACUCUGUUGUUCAACAGGAGAAAGGGGAAACUGUCACAAGAUGAGAAAUCGAUGUAUGACGGGAAGCUCAAACAGAUCCAGCAGCUGUUUAGCUUCGCUGCCGAAAUGAGUGGAAUUAAAGCAGAGUCUGACAAAGGGAAGAAAAUAGAUACCAAAACUGAAGGCAGUGAUGAUGACAUGAAGAAUUUACAUAACUCGAGUGUCAGCAAAGCUGCUGAUAUGGCUGCUGGGUUCACAAACGCUUUAACUGGACUAAGCGUAAACGAUAUAAUCCAGCGGACUGGUGGCAGGCUUGAAUCUCUUCACUCAGAAGGAGUUCAUAGACUUUCAGAGAUGUGCUGUUUUGCAGUCACUCAUCUUCUUACUCUCGGUAAGUCCAUGAUAUCUCAUGCCAACAAAGUUCAGGGUGAAGACACCGAAGCUUUGAAAAUCGAGUGGCCAGAGGAUCCUACUGAAAAAGCUAAGCUGAUUAGAGGCAAAGCAGAAUCGAUGGCUGGAUUUGUUGAAGCAGUUUCCAACAGUUUUAUAACAGGUAUAUCAGAUGUAUCUGAAACAUACUCAGCUGCGAUCAAAGUAGCUUCCACUGAUGAUGAUUCGAAAGAUAAUCUACUGAAAACAUCAACCAUGGAGGAAAAGGCAAACACUUUUAAUGAUAGUCUUCGCUCUGACCAAACUACAGCCAUCACAAAGAUCCAGGAAGGACUUCAGUACCUAUCCUAUGUCGUGAUAUCUACCUCAAUGCCUUCUGCUUAAUAUAAUAAGAGAGUCAGAUUGGUCUUAUUUGUUGUUUGCCUUCUUUUCUUGUAGAUAUCAUCUGUUUCGUUAGUUUCUCUUAUGGUCAGUUUGCUUCAACUUUAGCUUUGCUUCUCUGUUGUUUGGAUCUUGAAAAGUUUGAUAAAAUCUGGAAACCAAACGUUAAAACAA